CCUAAAGCGACGUGUCCUUGUCCCCCGUGGGCAGCCCCAGCGCGUGCGGCCACGGAUCCCCAGCUCCAAAGGCUCCCCACUCAGAGCCACCCCCCCCACCCAGGACAACCAGUUUGGAGCCAUGAAGACCAAGAGCCGGCCUCCCCGGCGCCGGGUGCCCCCGCAAGACCCAGAAGCCGCCCCAGGGGAGCGGACGCCCGACAGGCCACCGCCGGGCUCGGGGCCAGAAGCGGCCAAGGCUCUGCGGAGCCGGAGGGCGCGCGCGCAGGGGGCGCGGGCAGAGGGCGGGCGCCGGCGGCCGGGGCCAGGGAGCCGGCGGGAGAGCAGCGUCCAGCGGCGGCUGGAGAGCAACGAGCGCGAGCGGCAGCGCAUGCACAAGCUCAACAACGCCUUCCAGGCGCUGCGCGAGGUCAUCCCGCACGUGCGCGCCGACAAGAAGCUCUCCAAGAUCGAGACGCUCACGCUGGCCAAGAACUACAUCAAGUCGCUGACCGCCACCAUCCUGACCAUGUCCAGCGGCCGCCUCCCGGGCCUGGACGGGCCAGUCCCCAAGCUCUACCAGCACUACCAGCAGCCACAGCAGGUGGCCCGGGGCGCGCUCGGGGCCUCCGAGGCCCCUCCCGAGGGCCACCUGCAGAAGUACUCCACGCAGAUCCACAGCUUCCGCGAGGGCUCCUAGCGCGCCACCCCGCCCGGGUCAGCGGCCUGGCCCGUCCCUCCCAGCCCUGGGCCCUCCGCGCCCGGCGGCUCCGUUUCCCUGAACUCUCGGCGCAGCCCUGGGCACGUCCCAGGGCCCAGGGACAAGACCGGUGAGUGGCCUGGUGGAGGCCACGGCUCUGGGCAGCA